UCUCGCUGCAUCAGGAGAAAGCAGGUGAAGGAAGCCCAUCUGUCGUGAAGCUGUGACACGAAUAGAAACAGUCUGAGAAUUAGCAAAGGGAAGAAAACCAUCGAUUGCUAUCCGCGAUUGCUAUCGGGAGUGCAAUGAACAUCAGUCGUUACAGCCAGAAGUGUUUAGGCACAGGCAGUACACGGAAUCUGACUGGAGGGAAUGAAUUACAGAAAAAUGAAAACCUACCCAGCCAUUGGUUUCUUCCUGCUCUUCGUGAUCAGCUAUGGCUCUUCUGAAAACUCCAGCACGCCGCGGGGGUGCGGACUGGACCUUCUCCCUCAGUACGUUUACCUGUGCGACCUGGAUGCCAUCUGGGGCAUAGUGGUGGAGGCCGUUGCGGGGGCAGGUGUGCUGACCACCUUGCUGCUGAUGCUGAUCCUGCUGGUGAGGCUGCCCUUCAUCAAGGACAAGGAGAAGAAGAGCCCCCUGGGAAUGCACUUUCUCUUUCUGCUCGGGACGCUGGGACUGUUUGGGCUGGCGUUUGCGUUCAUCAUACAGGAGGAUGAGACGGUGUGCUCCACCCGAAGGUUUCUGUGGGGAGUUAUCUUUGCUCUGUGUUUCUCAUGCUUGCUAGCUCAAGCCUGGAGACUUCGUAGACUAGUUCGACAUGGGAAGAGUCCGUCUGGCUGGCAUCUAGCUGGUGUGGCAAUCUGCCUGAUGCUCGUUCAGGUCAUUAUUGCAACUGAGUGGUUAAUACUGACAAUUGUCAGAGAUAACAAGUUGGCCUGCAGCUACGAGCCGAUGGAUUUUGCUAUGGCUUUGAUUUAUGUGAUGUUCCUGAUGGUAUUCACCAUGGGAUUUUCUCUUUUCACUCUCUGUGGAAAGUUUAAGAAAUGGAAGAAAAAUGGAGUAUGCCUCAUUAUAACCCUUUUUUUUUCCAUUCUGAUUUGGGUAGCCUGGAUGACUAUGUACCUCUUUGGUAAUGCUGAGCUGAAGAGAAGAGACCAAUGGAGUGAUCCCACUCUUGCUAUUGCACUGGUGUCCAGUGGUUGGGUGUUUGUUAUUUUUCAUGCCAUCCCAGAGGUCCACUGUACCAUCCUUCCAUCACAGCAGGAAAACACUCCCAAUUAUUUUGACACUUCACAGCCGAGGAUGCGUGAGACUGCUUUUGAGGAAGACAUACAGCUUCCUCGGAGCUACAUGGAAAACAAGGCCUUCUCAAUGGAUGAACACAAUGCAGCGCUGAGGACGGCAGGAUUCCGCAACGGCAAUUUGGGAAGCAGACCCAGCGCUCCUUUUAGAAGCAAUGUUUAUCAGCCAACUGAGAUGGCAGUUGUGCUAAAUGGUGGGACUAUACCAACUGCUCCGCCAAGUUACACUGGACGACACCUCUGGUGAAAGGCUGUAGGCUGUAGAGAGUAAGAAUCCUUGUUGCAGAUGUUGUUCCCUGGCAGUGUGUCUUUGAGGGAGGAAUCCAUAACAGUACCAGAACAAAGCAGCAAAACAUCCAGGAGUUUUUGAAAUCCUACAGAGGAUUUUGUCUAAAUGUGAACGCCACUGAACUGAGAACUGUCAGAACUAAAUUGUAAAACUGAAGCUGAAGCUAACUUCAGACAGAAGCAGGCACACCUUAAAUUGGAAGAGGAGGAUAUUGUAUUCUGAAAUGGAAGGUAUUCUCUUGUCUGUAACUAGUGUGUGAGGCAAGCCUGUUUUUGCUGUUUGCCAGUUGCUUGCAAAAUACCCUCCUCUCACCUCAACUUAAUGUUGCCACAAGAGAUUGCCACUACAGUGUGAAAACCUGCAGGAUUUCUUUCCAUCGUGCUCCUUUCCCCUCCAUUUCAAACGCCAUGAGAAGUACCUUGUUUGCUUCAUUGAGCUGUGCCGUAGAGCCGUGUAGCACCACGUGUAGCCAAGCAUCCUCACUGGGUGGCAACUAAUGACCAUUACACUGUAGGCUGACACUCUUUAAGGAGCUGGUGUAGGAAAUGCAGUUCUGGAGGGAUGAAAGGCCUAUGCCCCUUUCUUCUUUGUUACGGAGCUUCUUGGGGCAGAGAGAAGCAGCUCAGGUCCAGCACAGAGGCAGCUGCCUAGGAUGAUUCCCUGUUAUUCCAGCCGCAGCCCCGGGUGCGAGCAAAGAGCCGCCUGCUCUCACCUCUCCAGCAGCUGAAGCCAUGAAGUGACGCUUGGCAGGGACACACUUGUGAAAAGACUUAGCUGGGGAGAGAACCUGACUGGAGUUUGCCCGAAGGAGUUGGUCGUGGUUGUGGUUUAAAGGCAGUCCCCUCUAGUGCCCAAGCCAGAGGGUUCUGUUGGGCUAAUCUUGUCAAGCAAGAGAGUGGUGGCAGCUGAGCAGUGCUGACCACCUCUCAGGAGGAACUGGGCAGGAGAUGGGGUCAAGACCUCCCUUUCUAAUCCCUUUUUCAUAUGAGUAGUCCCCUUGACUGCAGUCGUUUGUGCAUUUCAAUGUGGUUGUGCAUUUCAGUGCCUAGCUUGUAGAGUCUCCGUGUGGGAGCUGAUUUGUUGUUGUUUUUUGAGGUUUUAAGCUGGUUUCUUCCCUACUUCUCCCCUCCUCUUUUUUGGGUUGACAUAAGGCAGACCUUCUCCAAGCUUUUCAUCUUUGUUUUCUCCAAGUUAUUUAAAAGGUUCCCAUUGCCCAUUGUUUGUGCCACAGUUUUCCAUCGUGUUGAAGCAAUCAUUCCUUUAUUUAACACUGACUACAUAUCGGACAUUGAAACCAUCAUUGUGUCCUCACUGUUUGGCCAACCUUAACCUUAGGGGUUUGUUCCCUUGAUACUAAAAGCUAAUUGUUUUUUUAACUUGAGGGCAUAGAAAACAUAUAACAAAUAAACUUUGCAUAUGCUGUAAUAAUAAUAAUAAUGAUGAUAAUUUUAAAGUUAAUAUAUUUUCAAACUAAAAGAGUACCAUAAAGUAAGUGACUGGCUCAGUAGCUUCACAGAAGGAAGCUACUUGCUGCAUACUGCAAACGAAAGACAAGGUUUUGUUUUUCCAGUCUUCCUGAUUCUUCAUGUACCUCCAUGUCUACUGGAUUAGGAACCUAGUCCUGCAGACUUGUACUCUCACGAGCAGUCCCAUCAGCACUCCCCAGUACAGAGGCUGCAAGACCAGUCCCUAAGGGUUGCACACAGGCAGAGAUGUGUGUAUAUAUAUAUACAUAUAUAUAUGUCUAUCUAUCUAUGAGGGAAAAGUAUCUAUUGCCAUUCCUGCCAUGAUCAUCUUACAGGCCUUUAUUUGAAAGCCCUUCUUUUCCAGAAGCACUGCUUUUCUGUCGUGCAUGAGUCAAGGAGCAUGUUAACUCCCCCCUGCUCUUCCCUCCUGGAGGCAAAGGAAGCAUGUGCUUGUUGUAGGGAUUGCUUAUUUCAUUUAGUAAGUAACUAGAUGGCCUUAGUAACCAAGUAGGGUAGGGGUGGGUACUGCAUGCUAGCCGGCGACUUAGAAAUGAACUCUGCUUGCUUUAAGCAAAGCUGUGAUGAACUAAGAUAACACUUCAGAUCAUGCUAGUUCCCCAGAAGAUGUGUCACUUGAAACAAUAACAAACCUGUUACCAUCAGUUGCCUGCAGAAUCUUGCUUUUGAAAACAAUGAAAAAGCCUGAACCCCUGAUGAAGUUCCUGUGAAAUCAGCUAAGAUGACCAUGGCAUAAAUGGUAGGGCAGCUUCCUUUUAAAAGGUUACUCAUGCUACAGCCAAGACGGGUGAAUUCCAACAGAUACUUUACAGACCUUGGACAAAA